GACAUUGACAGAGCUGGUGGUCGGCUUGGGGGAAGGGCCUGCGCUGGCAGGAUCUGAGAGUAGACAAACUUGCGUAGUCUUACCACGGUCCUUGCUGUCUCACUGCCUCUAUCUAUGGACCUCCGGAGGGGUGACGAGGAAACUGGGAUUGUUGCGCCUUUUCAGGACCAGACGAUGAUUUAAUCACGGGAAAGCGGGGUGUGGGGGGAACACGGAGAAGAAGAAAGACGAAGAGAGGGGGCAGCCGCUGGAGAUGUGCUUUUUGGGCCGAGAUUGCGGCGCUAGGUACAAUACAGCAGCCCCUGCGACGUGUUGUUUUCCACUUGAUUCUUGCCCGCACGGUAUCCCUGUCUAGGCCUGGGCUCACCAGAUUGUUCUGAAGAGGAAACGGACAACAAACGGGGGAAGUGAACAUGGCUGGGACCUCAAGCUUCUUUUCCAACGGACCUGUUCCGUGGAUGGACAACGACACAGAGAUGAACAACCUGUACCGGGACCUGGAGCUGGGGACAGUACUGACACUGUUUUAUUCUAAGAAGUCCCAGCGGCCAGAGAGACGGACAUUUCAAGUCAAGCUGGAGACCAGGACUAUUACCUGGACUCGAAGCACGGAUAAAAUUGAGGGAGAGAUUGACAUUCGGGAAAUCAAGGAGAUUCGUCCUGGACAGAAGUCCCGGGACUUUGAGCGCUACGUGGAGGACUCUGCAGGUCGGCUGGACCAGGCUCAUUGCUUCGUCAUCCUCUAUGGCACAGAGUUUCGCCUUAAAUCGCUCAGCCUGGCAGCGACAUCUGAUGAGGAGAUGACCAUGUGGGUGAAGGGGUUGAACUGGCUCGUGGCGGACACAUUGAAGUCCCCGACACCGCUCCAGAUAGAAAGAUGGUUACGUAAGCAGUUCUAUGCUGUUGAUCGCAACAGAGAGGACAGGAUAUCCUGUAAGGAUCUGAAGAGCAUGCUGAGCCAGGUCAACUACAGGGUGCCCAACAUGAGGUUCCUCCGAGAGAAACUUCCGGACUCCGAGCUGAGGAAUGGAGACGUGUCCUUCAGCCAGUUUGCCCAUCUCUAUCGCAGCCUCAUGUUCGAUGCUCAGAAAAACGUGGAGAUCCCGUUUCUGCAGAGGUUCAUUGACAGACCAGAACAGAGGAUCUCCCUCGAUGACUUCAAAAACUUCCUCCUCGAGUCUCAAAAGGAAAUGUGGGCGUCGGACAACAACAAGGUUCAGGAGUUUAUGUUCGGCUACCUGAAAGACCCCCUGAGAGAAGUGGAGCAGCCUUAUUUCUACCAAGAUGAGCUCCUGACGUACCUGUUCUCCAAAGAGAACACCAUCUGGGACUCAUCCUUGGACCAGGUGUGCCCUGAUAACAUGAACAACCCGCUGUCCCACUACUGGAUCUCGUCCUCGCACAACACCUACCUGACGGGAGACCAGUUUUCCAGUGAGUCGUCCCUGGAGGCGUACGCACGCUGUCUGAGGAUUGGCUGCCGCUGCAUUGAAUUGGACUGCUGGGAUGGUCCAGAUGGAAUGCCAGUGAUCUACCACGGACACACUCUUACGACCAAAAUCAAGUUUUGUGAUGUUUUGAACACCAUCAAAGAGCACGCCUUCGUCACGUCCGACUAUCCCAUCAUCUUAUCCAUCGAGGACCACUGCAGCAUCGUGCAGCAGAGAAAUAUGGCCACUCAGUUUAAAAAGGUGUUUGGAGACAUGCUGCUGACCAAGGCUGUGGAUAUCGCUGCAGAUGGUUUGCCCUCACCCAACCAGCUCAAGAGAAAGAUCCUGAUCAAGCAUAAGAAGCUUGCAGAAGGCAGUGCCUACGAGGAGGUGUCAACCUCAACUCCCUACUCUGAGAACGACAUCAGCAACUCUAUCAAAAAUGGCAUUCUGUACCUGGAAGACCCCAUUAACCAUGAGUGGUACCCCCAUUUCUUUGUCCUGACCAGCAGUAAGAUCUACUACUCAGAGGAGACCUCCAAUAACCAGGGUAACGAUGAUGAAGAGGAGCACAGAGAGGUGUCUAAUGGUAUGGACCAGCAUGUGACAGAGAAAUGGUUCCACGGGAAGCUGGGUGCAGGGCGGGAUGGGCGGCAGAUAGCCGAGAGGUUACUGUCUGAGUACUGCCUGGAAACCGGAGCUCCUGACGGCUCCUUCCUGGUCCGAGAGAGCGAGACCUUCGUCGGAGACUACACUCUGUCUUUCUGGCGUUCAGGUCGGGUGCAGCAUUGUCGUAUCCACUCUCGUCAGGAGGCAGGCAGCCCCAAGUUCUACCUGACUGACAACCUUGUGUUCGAUACGCUCUUUGCCCUGAUCAACCACUACCAGCAGGUGGCACUGCGCUGCAAUGAGUUUGAGAUGAAGCUGACGGAGCCGGUGCCUCAGACCAACGCUCAUGAGAGCAAAGAGUGGUACCAUGCAAACCUGUCCAGGAGCCAUGCUGAGAACAUGCUGAUGAGGGUUCCUCGUGAUGGAGCUUUCCUUGUGAGGAAGAGGGCAGAACCCAACUCAUUCGCCAUUUCUUUCAGGGCAGAGGGAAAGAUAAAGCACUGCCGGGUGCAGCAGGAGGGUCAGACUGUGGUGCUGGGCACCUCCGAGUUUGACAGCCUUGUAGACCUCAUCAGCUACUAUGAGAAGCAUCCUCUGUACCGCAAAAUGAAACUGCGGUAUCCCAUCAACGAGGACACACUGGAGAAGAUCGGCACUGCUGAGCCAGACUACGGGUCACUGUAUGAGGGCAGGAAUCCAGGCUUUUACGUAGAGGCCAACCAAAUGCCGACAUUUAAGUGCACAGUGAGAGCCAUGUACGAGUACAAAGCCCAGCGUGACGACGAACUCUCCUUCACUAAGAACGCCAUUAUCUCUAAUGUGGACAAACAGGAAGGAGGAUGGUGGAAGGGCGACUGUGGGGGGAAGAAGCAGCUGUGGUUUCCUGCAAACUACGUGGAGGAGAUCAGUCCAUCAGCGGCGGAGCCUGACAGAACUCAGGAGAUGACAGAAAACAGCCCUUUGGGAGAUCUCCUGAGAGGAAGUGUGGACGUGUCUUCCUGUCAGAUUGUCGUGCGCCCUGAUGGAAAGGGCAGCAGGCCUUACGUCUUCUCCUUGGUGCCGAAUACCUCUAUGCGGACGGGCCCGGUGCUGGACGUCGCCGCCAGCAGCCAAGAAGAGCUUAAGGAAUGGGUGUUCAAGAUCCGUGAAGUCACCGUAACCUCAGAAGCCAAGCUGGAGGAGGGGAAGAUGAUGGAGAGGAGGAAGAAGAUAGCACUGGAAUUAUCAGACCUGGUCAUCUACUGUAGGCCUGUGCCUUUUGAUGAAGACAAGAUUGGCACAGAGCGGGCCUGUUUCAGAGACAUGUCAUCCUUCCCUGAGACUAAGGCUGAAAAGUACGUCAACAAGAUCAAGGGGAAGCGGUUCCUGCAGUACAAUCGGCUACAGCUGUCCAGAAUCUACCCCAGAGGACAGAGACUUGACUCCUCCAACUAUGACCCUCUGCCCAUGUGGCUCUGUGGCUCCCAGCUGGUGGCACUUAACUUCCAGACAGCAGACAAGCCCAUGCAGAUGAACCAGGCUCUGUUCAUGUUAAAUGGAAGAAGCGGCUACGUCCUUCAGCCGCCCAUCAUGAGGGACGACAACUUCGAUCCUUUCGACAGACACACAUUACGAGACCUCGAUCAAGUCACUUUAGAGAUAGAGGUUUUGGGCGCUCGGCACCUUCCCAAACACGGACGAGGCAUCGUCUGCCCUCUGAUUGAGAUCGAGGUGUGUGGGGCAGACUAUGACAGUGCCAAGCAAAAAACAGACUCAGAAGCCGAUAACGGCCUGAACCCCACGUGGCCCCGCAAACCAUUCCAGUUCUCAGUGGGCAACUCUGCUUUCGCCUUCCUGCGCUUCGUGGUUUACGAGAUUGACAUGUUCAACGACCAAAACUUCCUGGCUCAGGCCACAUUCCCCAUUCACAGCCUGAAGACAGGUUACCGGUCUGUACCUCUGAAGAACAGCUACAAUGAGGACUUGGAGUUGGCCUCUCUCUUGGUUCACAUGGACAUGAUCACAGGCAGGGAUGAAAAUGGCGAGGUUCUGAGCCCUUUUGUGGCGGUCGGCUCCACGCCAGUGACAGCAGCAGUCCAAGUAGGACGGGAGCGUGUGGGGGACCUCAGCUCGGUGUCUUCAACUUCCUCCAACAUGUCUCCUCUACCCCAGUCGCCUGCCCAAGCCAUGGCCUACAGAGGCAGGGAGGGCUCCUUUGAGUCCCGCUACCAGUCCCCUCUAGACGACUUCAGGGUGUCCCAGGAGACGCUGUUAGACCACAUGGACGCGUCUAACAGGAGGAUGCUGCGGAGGACCAGAGUGGGCGGAGAGAACCGCGUCUAAAUCCAGGCCAAUCAGGAUGAAUUUCUGUCGCACCCCCACCCCCACACCCCUCCCACCCUUCCCACCAGUCGCCUCUCCCAGUACUGAUGAUGUCACUGACUGCUGUGAACACUGUUUCCAUGGAAACGCCCACCACCGCUUUGGCCUACAUUUUAGGCAGCUCUUUCUCCCUCCAUUCUCCAACUGCCCCCCCUCCUAUCCCUCUCCAUCCCUUUCCUCUCUCCUUCACUCUCCUCCUCUCCUACCUCCCUCCCUGCCGCCCAGCCUCCUUACUACUCGCCUAUCUAGAAGGAGAGACUUGGACAUAAAAGAAGAGGGAGGGGGGGGGGGGGGUCACGGGGGGGGGGGGACUCUGAGAGGAAGUGGACGCUGUGGACAGGAAGAAGAAACGGACAUUCGCAGGAGAACAAAAACAAGGCUGAAAAAGUUCCAGCUCUGGACUGCUGGUUUGCGGGGUGUGCUGUCCUCAAUGUGUUUUUAGGUUUGCACAACAGCUGAACAGUGUGAGGGCUGAGAGGAAGAGAGAGAGAGAGAGAGAGAGAGAGAGUUAUAAAGGUAUCAGUUUGAAACUGUUCCCCAGUUAGGUUUCUUCGCUCUUCUCUAUUUGGCGUAUAUGAACAUAUGUAUUUAUUCCUGCUGUGCUGUUAGCCAGAGAACAGCAGCAGCUGACCUGCUCUCAAAGAGCUCCUGUCUCCAUGUUUUUAAUUAUUAUAAUUAUUUAAAACCUUUAAACAUUCAUAAUGUGACUUUACUUCUUCUUUUUUUAUUUUUUAUGUAUAUGUGUAAAACACGAGGGCUCUCUACGGCUAUUUUUAAUGUCUCGUUCAUCUCUGCUUUGUGGAGGAAAUAAUGCACCUCCAGUCUAAGUCACACCCACAACCUGGAGGGGAAUCGAACUCUUUCUUUUUGCAGACGUCAUGACGGGGUCACAGCCUUUAUGUGUUCGAAGCAGAGAGAGUAGGCAGCAUCAUGUGUUACGUCUGCAUACACAAACACACACGUGUACACAUGCACGCUACUUUUUUUUUUUUCUAACUUACAUUCCUAAAAAAACUGCACAUCAUUCCACUUCCCUGCAUUGCAGGAGCCUUUUACAAGCCAGUCAGACACAUUAUUCCCUUCUGUCCCCCCUCCAUAGUCUUACAGUGUACUGAUCGUGUCUAUUGGGGAUGGAACACCAUGCUGUGUGAUGAAACAGGACCAGGGAUACAUGUUGAUGACUGUUGUUGCUUGCAUCAUCUACCAGUUUAUGGCUGUUUCAACUUGUCAUCAGAGAGACGGAGGAUGAGUUACAAGGUUAUGGCAUAGAAACAGAUAUUUACAAAUGUAGAAACAUCUUCAUUUUACAGGUGAGGUUGUGAAUGUUUCAGAUUUCUCAAUGUGCUAUACCACGGUUACAAAAAUUAAGAUUGUAUUAGUUACACCAUUAACUUUGCACCCCAGUGUUUUAAUAAUAACUCAUGAUUGAAUAUUGGAUUUGAAAUGUGGUUACUUUUAAUUGCAUUUCAACUUUUUAACAGAACUUAUGGACCCUUGAAUUCAUGUUUUAAAUUAGUUGAGCAUAACCAUAACUGAAACGGCUCUAAUAUUUCAAUGAGUAUGAAAAGUAUAGCUGCUUGAACUUGGCAUUUUUUGACAAGAAUGUUCCGGUCGCAGGAGAAGUGUAUUAGAUUUCCUAAAACGUAGCUGCUUUUGUUUGCAACCCAGCUGUUAAAGGUUUUAAAAUGUGUCUUCCAUUGUUGAAGCGAUUGUCAGGAUUAUAGACCAACAGUGACCAAGUGCAAAGAGCUGCAUCGCUAGUGUGAAGCAUAAAGUAAACACGCGGUUCAUACCUCUGAAGUAACAUGGACCCUUUUCAUCAGAGCAUCAGGGGUACACUGCCAUGAAAUUCAGCUAAAUUGCGAACGCACUUGAGAUUAUUUUUGUGUGUGCCAGAUGUUGCACAACACAGGCAAACUUCAGGCUCUCAUUCUGGCUUCUUACAAUAAUAUUCAAACUUCAUAUUUAAGAUGUUGACGCCAGGUUCUCAUUUCCUUUGGAGCUCUUGCAAGAUCGUGUUAGGGAGGAGCCCACAGACUCUUAGCUGCAGAUUUUGUGGCAGCAAAGUUCAUGUUGCGGAUUGAUGACAAAGGUGCCUGGGUGGAGAGAGACAGAGAGAGGGGGGGGUUAAAGUGUGUCAUAAAAUCUCAUGUUGAGCAAAUGGUGUUAUCUUUCCAAGUUAGUGUCAGAAACAGUAUUUACUCCGCUCAUAUGUGAGGACUUUAUGAUGUAAACUCAGUAUUUUCAGUCAGUGAUCAACCACUGACGCACACGUAAGCCAUAAGGACUUAACGUUGAGGUAAAAGCAGGGAUGGGAUGGAACACUUGAGGUCUUGAUGAACAUUUUUUAGCAUCUUGUGUUUUCAACCUGAUAUUGAUCCCAAAGCUUCCCUUUAUAUUACUUUUCACCCCCCUCCUGUAGUGGAUGAAUGGUCUUCUUAGUCCCCCCCUCCAUUGCUGCAUUGCUCUUAUUACUGACCUGUCUGCUUAUGUCUAUGUGCCUCCAUCUGUGUUACAUCACAUUAAAGCCAAAUCAUUCAAACAGCCCUUAAAGAACCUGCACGGCCACGCUGCACCCACACAGGUGUUGUCCUUUUAUUUUGACUGAUAACUCCACUGUUUGGUUUGUUGCACCUGUAAGAGAACGACAGCGUAGAUUCCAGACAGCCUGUUGAAGGGUCUGAUUAACUCAGAGCAUCCAUGUGGGUGUGCAAGGCCCUUAAGUCACGCCAUUCAUUUUUACUUUUUCAAUCUUGUCCGUUUUUGUUCCCCAUGGUGUCACUUACAAAUCGCCUUUCUGUAAUGUGCCUAAACUAUGGAGAGGAAAAGAACUCAUUUUAAUUUUGCCUUUCAUAUGAAACAUAUUCAAGCCUGAAAGUAAAUAAAAUACUCACUGCUUUAUACUAA